AUGUUAACAUCAGCGCAUCUUUAUUUUCUAUUGUUCUUUGCAACAAGAAUAAUGUACAGUCAAGCAUUGUGUUCAUGUGAUCAACCAGAUUCAGACUUCGCGAAUGGUGUCAACUUUAUCUAUUAUAAAUGCAAUAAUGAGACUCCUGCGACAAUGACCUAUCCUAUUACAGCGCCACAAGAUAUACUAACUGUCUUAGAUCCUAAUAAACGUACAAUAUUUUUUGUCUUCGGAUUUUUGCAAACGCCGACUGACAGCAAUGUUGAAAUAAUGAUCACAGCGCUUUGUCAUGGAAAUACCGAUAAUGUCGUAUUAUUGGAUUGGAGCAAAUAUUCCCAGAACAGAAAUUAUGCAUUUGUCUUUGCGAACGCCGAAAAAGUGGGAAGUUUAUUUGCUCGUAGUUUACAACUACUUAAGGAUGGUGGUCUCGAUACAACGAAAAUUUACAUCAUUGGGCAUUCCCUAGGCGCACACAUAAGCGGUUUGGCUGGCAAAUGCAACAAUUUCACUAUACCUCGCAUUACAGGGUUAGACCCUGCGAAUCCUGUCUUUUAUCCUAUUGGAUGUUAUCUCAAAUCCAAAGACGCAUCAUGGGUUGACAUUAUUCACACGGACAUGGGUGUAUGGGGCACUCCUACAUCUAUGGGAACAGCCGCGUAUUACGCAAACACUGGCACUGGUUUACAACCCGAUUGUCUACAAGCUAAUCUAUCAGUGCGCGAAUUGGUGUUUUGUAGUCAUCAAAUGUCAGUCGUGAUAUACGCAGAAUCAAAAUAUGAACCUGACAAAUACGUAGCAGUGAGCUGUCCUUCUUAUCUUUCGUUUAUGUUAAAUCUUUGUAAUAAUAACGCAAAAACUGGCGUUGGAUAUGCAGCAUCGAAUGUGUAA